UAUAUACAGGAGUCAUAAAUAUACAAGUAUUAAGUAUAGAAAUGAACAUAGUAAUUUUCAAGUUAUAAAACAAACAGUUCAUCAUGAUAAAGUUAACAAUACCUAAAUAACCCAUAGAGCUUGCUGGCCUUGGAUGCUUGGAUAUACACCGAAGUAAAUUUAACUUGCGAUAUGACUUGCAUAAUACUAUCUUGAGUUUCACGUUGAAAACGGUCAACAGCUGUCAGUGUAGCAGCUAAGAGAAUAUUUUUAUGUUUUAGCGCGAUCAUUCAAACAAACCUCCACAGAUUGUUGUAGUAUAACAGGUCUUGCUUACUAAGAAAUGGUUAGAGAUACAGUACAGACUUUAUCUUAAUCUCUACAAAAUGAUGUCCUUUUCCUGACCCAAAGAAAAUAAGAACAUGCUGUGAGAUAGUUGGAAAAGUAAACAUCAUGCUCAUGUCAUCUGGGUGGUUGUGUCAUCUGGUGCUGAAAUGAUUAGCCGGUCGCCAGAAAAUUUAUCCGCAACUGUUUUGAAAAGCAGUUUUUUGUUGAAUAAAUUAUUUGGCGUUUUCGCUUUACUUUAUAGUUACAGUAUAGAGAGACAGGAAAGGCAGGCAAGAAAGAGAACGAUGACAUGCAGCAAAGGGCCCGGGCCAGAGUCGAACCCGGGCUGCUGCGGUAAGGACUCAGCCAGGAUACGUGGUGCCCGCUCCACCAGAGUGAUCACAGAAGAGAGCACUGCAUCGGAGGUAAAUGAGAAGUAACAGCGAAAGAGUUGGAGGUUCACGCGGCCGUCGGCAGGGUGGAGCUUCCUGACCCAUGGAGAAUUACUUCCAGGCCGAGGCCUUCAACCUGGACAAGGUGCUGGACGAGUUUGAGCAGAACGAAGAUGAGACCGACAGUCCCAUUCUCUCGGAUGCCAAGUGGACCCAGAUCCUGGCCCCGCCUGCCCACCUGCUCUCUCUGAACCCCGCCCUGGCCCACUCAGACCUCAGCCCACGGGAGAGUCCGCUUCCCUUCAAGACCCUCCCCGACUCCUCCUCCAGCGUCUCCCCGGGGGCCGACCCUAAGAGACGUACCAGUCCCGAACCUCCAUCCUGGGUAGAGGAGAGGCCGGCAGACGUUCACAGCCCACCCCUUCCCCAGCCCAACAUCGGCAAACUGGUGGGCACAGACGACCUCUCGCCGCCCCCUGUGACGGCCUGUAGUACAGUGGAGAACGGCUGCCCUGCCAGCCCUGCAAGCCCACAAGUAGAUGGGCUCAGCAAGGAGAUAAGUGCUCCUCCAGACAACCGGCCUGAUGCUUCUGACCAGGAGGCGAGAGCUGCCUCAGCAGCAGCAGCAGCAACAGCAGCAGGAGGAGGAGGAGGAGGAGGAGGAGACUCCACUGUCAGUCACACUCACUUUACCUUUGAGGUUGGAUUAGGACAGGAAGAAACUCUGUCCCCAGAAAUUCAUCCAAAUGUGGAACCAACAACACAAAAUGGGGAAGAUGUCAAAGAUAAGGCUGUUACAGCUGUUUUACAGGGCAAUGGUCAAGAAAAACAAACUGCAAACUCAAAGGAAGAGAAGAUAGAAAGUGUUCUGAAUAGAGGGAGAGACGUUCAGGCUGGUUAUGAGGUGGAGGAGAAUGGUGAAUCUACCCCUGACAGGGUUGAAGUGGAGGAGGAGAAGAGAUAUGGUCCAGAGGGACAGAUAGACCAACUCCUCAGAAUAACCAGCCUUCCCAAUGGUUUGGAGCAAAACAGCAGUAGCCAUCCCAAGCUUAAGGAGGCAGAUGAGAGGGGGGAGCAGGAGGAGGAGGGUUUUUCUCCCUCUCCUGUCCCCUCCAAAGAGGACUCUGUCACUGAGGAGAAAGAAAUGGAGGAGAGCAAGCAAGAGGGCAGUGAAGGAGGAGCAGUGGGGUCAGGUAGCAUCCAACCAAAACUCAAUAACAAUCGGCUGCAGCCGGUCAGUGUUCCCUACGGAGGGGCACGACCAAAGCAGCCAGUCAGCCUCAAGCUCCAGAUCCCACAGCAGCUGUCGGGCCAGGUCCUAAAUCAGCUCGGCCCAUCUGCCGUCGGCAAGAACAAAAACCAUGAGAACCAGUGUCGGAGAGGCACAUCCUCUGAAACUGCGCUCAGUGGCACUGAUCAGAGUGCAGUCGGGGUGAACGGAGAUGGUGUUGUCCACUCUCCUCUGCUGAUGCCUUCAGAGAGCCCAGACAAUGACCUCCAGGCAGGUCAACAGGGCACUCUGUGCAGGAAACCUGCAAGCUCCCUGGGAGAAGUUGCCCCUGUGUGGGUUCCCGACUCUCAGGCUCCAGUCUGUAUGAAAUGUGAUGUCAAGUUCACCUUCACCAAGAGGAGGCACCACUGCAGGGCCUGUGGCAAGGUGUUCUGUGCGACGUGCUGCGGCCUAAAGUGCAGGCUCACGUACAUGGACAGGAAGGAGGCUCGUGUCUGUGUCAUCUGUCAUUCUGCUCUGAUGAGUGCUCAAUCAUGGGAGACGACGGCCACUGCAAGCAACCACAGUCCGAACCCCAACAACCCAGCAGAGUACUGCUCCACGGUGCCCCCUCUACAGCAGGCCCAGGCCUCUGGGGUGCUCAGCUCCCCUCCUCCUACCGUCAUGGUGCCCGUCGGAGUCCUGAAACAGCCUGGCAAUGAGGUAUCCCUGUCACGGGAGCAGAGGAGAGUGUGGUUUGCUGAUGGGGUGCUACCUAACGGAGACGCAGCAGAGUCCCCCAAACCUCCGACCUCCAGCCCAGUCCCCUCCCAGUCACUGGCCGUCUCCUCGUAUUCAAACAAAUCCUCCACUUCUGAGUUCUCAGAGGCAGUCCACACACCCGUUGCCCCAGUGGGCAGCUCCCUCAGCCUGAUCCCGGAGGACGGGCUUCCUCCCAUCCUCAUCUCUACCGGAGUCAAAGGAGGUACGGGAGGCCACAUCACAGACUAUGCAGUGGAGGAGAGGCCGUCGGAGAUCGUCCUCAUGCAGCAGCUGGAGGAGGGAGGCCCAGACCCCCUGGUCUUCGUGCUCAAUGCUAACCUGCUCUCCAUGGUCAAGCUUGUCAACUAUGUAAACAGGAAGUGUUGGUACGUGACGACGAAGGGCAUGCACGCCGUCGGCCAGGCAGAGGUGGUCAUUCUGCUCCAGUGUCUACCUGAUGAGAAGACCAUCCCUAAAGACAUCUUCACUCACUUUGUGCAGCUCUACCAGGAGGCCCUCAGUGGAAACGUGCUGAGCCACCUGAGUCACUCAUUCUUCACCCAGAGCUUCCUGGGCAGUAAGGAGCAUGGUGGCUUCCUCUACAUCAGUCCCUCCUUCCAGUCACUGCAGGACCUGCUGCUGCCCAACCCGCCCUACCUCUUCGGCAUCCUGAUACAGAAGUGGGAAACGCCCUGGGCUAAGGUCUUCCCCAUCCGCCUCAUGCUGCGUCUGGGCGCAGAGUACCGAUUUUAUCCGUGUCCACUGUUCAGUGUUCGCUUCAGAAAACCCCUCUUCGGUGAGACUGGUCACACUAUCAUGAAUCUGCUCGCAGACUUCCGUAACUACCAGUACACGCUUCCGGUGGUGAAAGGUCUGGUCGUAGACAUGGAGGUGAAGAAGACGAGCAUUAAGAUCCCCAGUAAUCGAUACAAUGAGCUUAUGAAGGCCAUGAACAAGUCCAACGAACACGUGCUGGCCAUGGGGGCGUGUUUCAACGACCGGGCCGACUCGCACUUGGUGUGUGUCCAAAACGACGACGGGAACUACCAGACGCAGGCCAUCAGCAUCCAUCACCAGCCUCGCAAAGUUACUGGAGCCUGCUUCUUUGUGUUCAGUGGUGCUUUGAAAGCCUCGUCGGGCUUCUUAGCCAAGACCAGCAUUGUGGAAGAUGGUGUGAUGAUCCAGAUCACAGCAGAGACCAUGGACUCUCUACGGCAAGCCCUGAGGGACAUGAAAGACUUCACCAUCACGUGUGGUAAAGCUGACCAGGAGGAGAACCAGGAGGUGGUCCACAUCCAGUGGACGGAGGAUGACCACAACUUCAACAAGGGUGUCAUCAGUCCGAUCGAUGGGAAGACUAUGGAGUCUGUUACCAGCGUCAAGAUCUUCCACGGCUCAGAGUUCAAAGCCAAUGGAAAAGUCAUCCGCUGGACCGAGGUGUUUUUCCUUCAGAGUGAAGAUCAACCCAACGGUCUGAGCGACCCGGCCGACCACAGCCGGCUGACGGAGAACGUGGCGAGAGCUUUCUGCAUGGCGCUCUGUCCGCACCUGAAACUGCUGAAGGAGGACGGCAUGGCCAAACUGGGACUGAGGGUCACUCUGGACUCCGACCAGGUGGGUUACCUAGCAGGAAGUAACGGCCAGCCUCUGCUGCCUCAGUACCUGAGCGACCUGGACAGCGCUCUGAUCCCUGUCAUCCACAGCGGGGCGUGUCAGCUGAGCGAGGGCCCCGUUGUCAUGGAGCUUGUCUUCUACAUCCUGGAGAUCAUCUCCUAGGACUCUUUGGAGUUUCACCUCCGAAACAUCUAUUUUUAUUUUUUAAUUGGAUUAUUUAUUUAUUUUUCCCUUCUGACGUCCUCUCACAGCCUGGUUCUCCAUCAUCUCCCUUCAACCGUUUGCACUUCAAAAGAGCCUGAAAACUGUGCUGUGCCCAGGCGGGGUAGCAUUCCUCAAGUCAAACCUAUGCAUCCAACCACCGUCUGUUCUGCUCCAGAGGCCGCCUGGGGCCUGAGGACGCUCUGAGCAGGAUCAUCUUUCACAUGUCCCUUGCUUUGAACCCCAGCAGACAGGUGCUCUGAUCUCUGGUGUUCAUAUGAGGUGCUGCGAGCAGGAAAUGAACACCGGAGAUCGUACGGUCUGUCUGUCCCAGUGUGGUGUUACAGUGCCUAUAAAAAGUACGAACGGCAUCUUAUUGUUUUACAACAUGAAUCAAAGUAGAUUUGAUGUAGCUUUUUUGACACAGAAGAACUACAAAUACCCUCAGCAGCAUGUCUUGGUGAACUACAAAGUAAGCUGAAGUCAGUUAAUGUCACCUGACAAACAAAUCAUAGCUGGAACAGUGUUGUGUGGCUCGCUCCGAUCCACUUUGUUUCCCAUUUACAGAGCCAGGGCUGUGUACACACACCACAUUGAUUUUCAGCGCACACACAGAAGGGACAGUUUGCGGACCCUGAGCUGAAUUUGACAAGAAGACAUGUAUUGCAUUAGAAUUUCCUUAUCCCACCUUUAAAACAUCUAAAGCAUCACCGGUUUUUAGAGAUUGCGGUAACAGCGGCGAGGACAUCAUCAGUGGUUUCAUGUGGCCAAAGAAACUACUGAAGAGUUAGCAGACGAGUUCUGCCACAUCAAGAAGCCACUGCAUCUCAGCUCCGCAACAUUAAAUGAUCCCUAUAACAGUUUAAUUGUAUUUUCUGACUCGGGAGUGAAGGGAGCUGAGCAGUUUCAUGUUGUUGCUCGGUCUGCUGCGUUUUUGAGUUUGAAAAUUGCAAAUUAGCAGUGAUAGAAGUACUCUAGAAAUCUAAAAUAAAGUAUCAGCAUCAAAAGUAAGUACUCAUUAUGCAGAAUGGCUCAAAUCAGAAAAAUGAUCUCAUUAUCUUAUUUAAUUAUAAAUAUUGAUAAAUUCAUUUGUACAUUACUUCAGUGCUGCAGCUGGUAAAGGUGGAGCUUAUUAGUUACAUAUACUGCUGGGUAGCUUUCCAUUUCACCAAGGGAUCAAUCUGAAUGAGUUAUCAAGUAAAAAGUACAUUUGCCUCUGAAUUGUUGUGACAGAUAAAUAGCAUAAAAUGGAAAUACUCAAGUAAAGUGAGUGAAACAAGGAAAAGUACUUACUUUCCACCAAUACACGUCAGUCCUACCUACAUUUAAUCAAGUACUAAACGGCUGCAACAGGAGAAUUUAGACGUCUGUCUGAAGAAACCGGCCCCAGAUCUGACCCAGCUCAAUAAUUUCCAGUGUGGAAAACUGCGGCUAACUAUGCAGCUACUAGAUACUUGACUUUAAAGGAUAGUUUUGUUUGUCAGUGUCAAAAACCAUUAAAUCGACUUUAAUUCAAUGCUGUAAAAUAUGAAUACUUUCCAUAGACACUGUACGUAGCUCCUCUGGUUCCUGAUCACCCCUCACUCCAACGUCACUGUGGCAGCCAGGGGCCCUGCAGCACUGAACUCUGAGUAAUAUCUGCAAAGGCCUCUGUGUAGCACGGAUGCUCGAAAACAAGGGAGACUCAUAUCCACCACUGAAAAGUCUGGACUCGUCCUCUGAAGUUAUUUUACAAAGUUACAAAUCAUCAGAUUGAGGAGCUGGGAGGCGCGUCUGUAUGGUGGAUUUAAUUUUUUAUUUCUUUUUUUUUUGCACCGUGGUGCUCAGUGCCUGCAGCAGCGUUUCAUCUAGCAGAAACAUUUUGGCUUCACCUCUUAAGCUUUACUCGUCAAUCACCGGCUGCUUUACUUCAUGGACAGACACACUGACAUGUUGUACAUAUUUUUUGUAGGUGUUAACAACAAUUUCUUCAUUAUAACUCUGCAUCUGUAGCCUCCAGAGAUCCAGUUAAAGACGGCAUUACUGAAGUGACCGUCGUGGACUCAUCUGACUCUGUGAAAUAAGAUUACAUGUUAACUCUGAAAGCCCUUUUUGUCCUACAGUAGACAACUGAUUAAAAAAAAAAAGGUUCCAAUGCUUUAUUGAUAAAAAUCAGUUUUUAAUCUCAUCGAAUCAUCAUCAACGCUUGUUGUUUGUCCGGCAGUGGUUGCGGGGAGAAACCACUCAAGUUAUUUUGGUCUUUUUAAUCAUACAAAGAGAAUAACUGUUGAAGAUGUAAAGAUAUAUGAAUAUGAACUAUUAAAUUGCAGAAGCAUUGCACUGGAUUCUAAGCCAUUUACAGGAGAGUUAAAGCGAGGGCCGGGGGUCGCCACUGUGUGCUGGAAGAUGUUUUUUCAGCAGCAGGAAGAAGAAAAAAGGUCCAGGGAUCCUGCAGAAAUGAGUGUUUUGAAUGACCUGAAGCUGAAUGUAUUUCAUCUCACAUUUCCUGCAACCUGUCGUCCUUCCAAAUCCCUGAAAUCACUAACACCCUGCUCCAGACUUUGCAGACAUGAGUAGGAACCCUGUAGGUCGCUGAUCUGUUGUCUUCAAAAGGCCUCCAACUGUUUUAGUGUACCUAUAAACAGAUCUGCUGCAGCCCCCCCCCCCUCUCUCUCUCUGCUCUGGACUGUGCUCUCCUUCAGCAACAUGGACCUGGAAAAAAUAUAUAAGAAUGUAUUCCUCCUUUUUCUGUUAGAAUCUGCAGCGUGAUUUGUUUGUUUUGUUUCUGGCUAGACUAAUCACCAAAAACCAUCUUGUCAUGUCCACAAUGCUCUGUACAGUAAUCAUUCUGCAUUAUGGCACCCUCUUUAAUCAUGCUAAUAUAAAACCAGGAGGGGCUACACAAAAAGUACUGCUAAUACAGUACGAGAGGUUUUGUUGACUCAUUUUAUUGGAGGAAAAAAAGAAUUUCGUCAUCACAAGUGAGAAUCAGACAAUCACAUUAAAAAUCUGCAGACGAGCCGAUGCUUCGUUUAAAUUAGACCUGUAGCUGUUCUGUAUUUGUUUAUUACUCAAUUUGAAGUAUUUUAUGAGCUACUGUAGCAACGUAAUAAUAGUGAAGCUGAUUAAAAUGUUCAGUAGACACUGAAUAAGAGGUCAAAGGUCACCAGCUCCUGGGUUAUUUACUGUGAUCAUACCAGAGUUGGUGUAUCUCAAUCACUGUGUCUCCGCUGAGUGACAUUCUUCAGAUUUUUCCAACUUCCUCCUACAUUUUAUUUUGCCGUUAUCUGACAUGUGCAAUAUGUCCUGAACCCCCACCCCCCCCUUCCCCAAAAAAGGUGCAAUUUGUUUGAGGCAAGAAGUUUUUUUGUUGUUGUAUUCAGUUGUAAGAUCAACCAUCCAAACUAUAACACUGCAUGCAAACAGAAACAAGUGUGAAGAGGGCAAAUCGGCUUUCACAUUAAUAGUUUUUAUGGUUUGUGGAUGAAACUUAAAAUAUACUCCACUCAUUUAGUUUUCAUUGUUUUUUUUGUUUUUUUUUUAAAAUCAGUGAAAAAUGUUUGAAAAGCCAAAAACCUUGUACAUCUUUUUUUGUUUGUUUCAUUUACACUACAAAUGUCAAGAAGUGGUCUUUAUCAAAAAACUGUAGUAUAUGUAAAAUAAAAACUUAUAGAAAAUUU